GCGUAAGUUCGAAGCAAGUACUGAUUUUCGAACUCAGCUGUUCAGCUUUCCGUUGGAGCUCAAUCAACACAAAACAAACACCGAGUGAGCGAGUAGAGUAGCAAGGGAGAAGAAGUAACUCGUCAAACAAUGGCAGACUCGCCACUGCAGCCGAGUCGAUCACGAGACCUCGACAAACUACUUCUUAGACCGGGAAAUCUCGUUGCUCCUACCUUCGUUCCCGGUGUUGAAUUAAGAGAUGAUAUUCAAAAUGUUGCUCGAAUUUUAGUGGUUGGUGCUGGUGGAUUAGGCUGUGAAUUGCUUAAAGAUUUAGCCCUAUCAGGUUUCAAGAAUUUAGAUGUUAUUGAUAUGGAUCGUAUCGAAGUCACUAAUCUCAAUCGCCAGUUCCUUUUCAGGCUUGAAGAUGUUGGUAAGCCGAAGGCUGAAGUGGCAGCUAAACGAGUGAUGGAAAGAGUUAGUGGUGUGCAAAUUGUGCCACAUUUUUGCAGAAUUGAGGAAAAGGAAUUGACGUUCUAUAAUGAUUUUCAUAUUAUCGUGCUUGGUCUUGAUUCUAUUGAGGCUCGGAGCUAUAUAAACUCUGUAGUUUGCAGUUUUCUUGAGUAUGAUUCUGAAGAUAAACCACAAGAGGGCACGAUGAUACCCAUGGUUGAUGGUGGUACCGAAGGUUUCAAGGGACAUGCUAGAGUUAUUAUGCCAGGGGUCACACCAUGCUUUGAAUGUACCAUCUGGCUUUUCCCCCCUCAAGUCAAGUUUCCUCUAUGUACUCUUGCAGAAACCCCUAGAACUCCUGCUCAUUGUAUUGAAUAUGCUCACUUAAUUAAAUGGAAUGAGGCGCAUGGUGGAAAAGCGUUUGAUCCAGAUGACCCAGAACAUAUGAAGUGGGUAUAUACAGAGGCCAUGAAGAGAGCUGAGCUUUUUGGCAUUCAAGGAGUUACAUAUACUCUAACUCAGGGAGUUGUGAAAAAUAUCAUACCAGCUAUUGCUUCCACGAAUGCAGUUAUAUCAGCUGCAUGUGCACUGGAAACCUUGAAAAUUGUAUCAGGCUGCAGCAAAACUUUAACGAACUACCUAACGUAUAAUGGCGUGGAAGGUCUCCACAUUAAAGUCACCGAAUUUGUGAGAGACCAGGAGUGUAUCACCUGUGGUCCUGGAGUCCUUAUCGAGUUAGAUACUUCAGUUACUUUGCAAAAGUUCAUUGAUCAGCUUGAAGAGCAUCCUAAGCUGUUCUUAUCAAGAACAAGUGUAACUCACCAGGGAAAGAAUUUAUACAUGCCGGCUCCUCCAGUCCUCGAAGAGAUGACUCGAUCAAACUUGAGCUUACCACUAUUUGAACUUAUGGGAAAAGUCCCAAAGGAUAUUAUAAAUGUGACUGGUAUGACCAAUCAAAAUGACAAGAAAACCUCUUGUGUUCGCAAAUUACGUGUUGUUUUUAAGGGAAUGGAGGGGGUCCCAGACACGGACAUGGCUGGCGGGGCGUAAUUUCUGAAGUGACGCUAGGGUUUUCAAGCUGGAAUUUCGAAGUUGUUCUGGGAUUUUUCAUUAUCAGAGGCAGGUGAUGGAUUGAAAUACAUUUUUUAUGUGCAACACAAAAUUUAAGAUAGGUUUCAUCAAAGAAAAGUUGUAGAUGUGAGAUGAUUACCGUUGCAAAAUUUGUACCUUGUCGCAAUGAUGAAAGAUUUAUAUACCGUUAAAUUGUUGCA